AUGGGCAAGGACACCUGCAGCAGGCUUUUUCCAAGCUUAUUCUCUAUAAGCAACAAUCAAGAAUCUACAAUAGAAGAGAUCUGGACGUUACAGGGAUGGAACAUCAUUUUCAGGAGAUUGUUGAAUGAUUGGGAAGUGGAAAGGGCGGUUGCACUGCUAGGAAGGAUAGGGAAUUUCACAGGGACAACAAAUGUUCCUGACUUCAUCAAAUGGAGACAUGAGGAAGAUGGACACUUCUCAGUCAUUAGAGGAGGAAUGGACAAUGCCAGAACAUACUACAGAUCUACUGAGCUGCUGGAUCAGAAGGGGAUGGAGCAAGAGUCAAAAAAGAGUGAAGUGUACAAGAUUAGUGACGUGAUCGGAUGGACAUUUACUUGUUGCUGUGAUUACAAAUCAUGGAUGGCUGGUAAAACUGUUGGUGUUGGAGGUUCUACUCUUGUUAUACUUUCAACUAUAAUUGUCUUUGCUAAACUACUCAACUUUUGGAAUUCUAAAGUAGGAGAAGAAUUUAUAUAUCUUGGUGAUUCAAGAACCACUAAAGUUCUUGGAAAAGGAAAAGUUCUUCUUCAUCCGGGAAAACUUUGGAUCGAAGUAUUGCAUGUUCCUAAUAUCCAAGCCAAUUUGGUCUCUCGUGGGAUUAUUAGGAAAAUUGUAAGCAAAGAAAAACUACUACUGUCACUAAAAAUGCAAGGCAUCAAACUCAAGAUUCCCAAAAUUACAGAGUUAGAGCAGCCAUCACCAGCUCAAAUUGUCGCUUCAAUCGAUGAUCUUUUGAUUGAAAUUUUUUUACGCGUACCUAUACGAUCACUUCUCCGUUUUAAAACAGUAUCCAAGCGUUGGCUUUCACUCAUUACUAAUCCACAAUUUUCUGUCCUUUGUCACCCAAACACAAAUCCUGCAAUAGGCCUUUUCUUUCCUUCUGCUUCCGUUUCAUCAAAGCCCGAGUUUGAUUAUGUCCAUUUUGAUAGCCAAAACCCCACAAAUCCACCAUUUAAGAAACUCAAAUUCACUAAGGACCCUUCUGGCAUUAGUAUUCUGCAAUCUUGCAAUGGACUAUUGUUGUGUUCCAGCUCCCGAUCUCGCCAAGCUAAAAGAAAUUACUAUGUUUACAAUCCCACUACAAAACAUUACUCCGUACUUCCAAAAUCUGUUCUUGGAACUGAAAAUUCCAAGAUUCAUGGUAUAAGUUUAGCUUUUGACCCUGCCAAGUCUCCUCAUUACAAAGCAGUCUGUGUUCGUGAUUCCGUGUCAUCUCCUCAGCAUUAUCAGAUUGAAAUUUACUCAUCUGAAACAGGUCCAUGGAGACUAUCAGGUGGUCCAUUUAUUGCUGAUGUUAAUUUUUACAAUGGAGUUUACUGGAACGGAUCAAUUCACUGGAUUAGCACUAUGGGGAACUUGACUUCUUUAUGUUACAAUCUUGAUCUUGAGAGCUUAUGGGUUAUGCCAAUGCCACCUUUUCCAGAUGAUCAAGAAACAACCAUUACCUAUUUUGGUGAAUCUUGUGACCAUUUGCACCUUAUAAAAAGUUCUUUUCCCAAAGCGGAUGUAUACGAGAUGAAAAGGGACUAUUCCGAAUCGUUUGCUAAGUACAGGGUUGAUCUUGAACACCUUGCUACUUCUUUUUCUUGGAUGAUUAGUACUUAUCUUGAUCUUGAUCAAAUUGAUUAUUAUAACUUCGCGAUAUUAUCUCUGGUUCGCGGUAGAAGAGAAGAGGAUGCAUUUUUGGUUCUGGCAAUUCCUGCUGAUUGUAAGGCCAUAAGGUACAAUCUUAUAAACAAGACUUUUGAGAAGCUCUGUGAUGAUGAAGGUGCGGAUGAACAACUUUGUUUUAUUAGGGCAGCUGGUGCUUUUGAGUAUAUUGAGUCUUUGUGUUGGGUUUGAAUCACUUGCUUUUUUGCUUUAUGGAAUUUCUGGAAUAUUAUCUGAUACCAAUAUGUAAAUUGUGUUAGCCAACUUCAUUUGUUUUGUAUUUCAAUACUUCCCUUAUAAAUUUUCUAUAGUGAAUUUUUUUAUAUUUGGUGUGAUCCUGUUAACAUGGGUUCUCUUUUUCUUUUCAUAAUUUUUUGUUAGUGGCGGAUCACAAUAUUAUUUUGGAAAUUCUUUUCUUUGCACGGUACAGAUGUUUGAUUCACUUUCACAGAUACUUAUUAUAAAGUAGAGUUCUCUUCAAAAAGUUUCUCCUUUGUAAUGAAAAUCUAGUUAUUUUCAACCUCUAACACGUUAGUGUUGCAUCAGAACCCAUAUUUUUAUACCAUACGAUGUGAAAU